AGAAGGGGGUGGGUUGGUAGCCUCGUCCUGGUGCCGAGCGGACAUGGCGGCCAUUUUCUGACUCUGACGUGCCGCGGCCGACAUUCACGCGCAAAUCCACCCCACUUCCACCGUACAGAAAACCCCUCAUCUCACCGAAACCUGCACCCGGAGGGACUCCUAACUCCCGGGAUUGUGUACGAACGUUUGUUGUAGCGGCUGCCCGCUCUGAACCUCCUUGUUGUGACGUUGAUUUCAGCUCGCCAGCGAGUUCCGAUCGUUCGCCAGGGGGACCGAGAUCAUGCCCAACGUGGCGAAGGGAGACGGGAUGCGCGGCCUCGCCGUGUUCAUCUCCGACAUCAGAAACUGUAAAAGCAAAGAAGCAGAGCAGAAGCGGAUAAACAAGGAACUGGCAAACAUUAGAUCCAAAUUCAAAGGUGAUAAGACCCUGGAUGGAUACAGUAAGAAGAAGUAUGUGUGUAAACUGCUCUUCAUUUUCCUGCUGGGACAUGACAUUGACUUUGGGCACAUGGAGGCCGUCAACCUCCUGUCUUCCAACAAGUACACCGAGAAACAGAUCGGUUAUCUGUUUAUCUCCGUGCUGGUCAACACCAACAGUGACCUGAUCCGUCUGAUUAUCGGCUCCAUCAAGAACGACCUCCUGUCCCGUAACGCUGUCCACAUCUGCCUGGCCCUGCAGUGUAUCGCCAACAUCGGCAGUAAGGAGAUGGCCGAGUCACUCGCCCCCGAGAUCCCCAAACUCAUCGUGUCAGGGGAGACCAUUGACGCGGUGAAGCAGAGCGCCUGCCUGUGUCUGCUGCGGCUCUUCCGCACAUCGCCCGACACCGUGCCAUCCGGCGAAUGGACGCAGAGGGUCGGCCAUCUUCUCAACGACCAACAUCUGGGUGUAGUAACAGCUGCCACCAGUCUGAUCCACACUCUGGCACAGAAGACCCCGGAGGACUUCAAGAAUUGUGUUUCCCUGGCCAUCUCUCGACUCAGUAGGAUUGUGACCUCAUCAUACACAGACCUCCAGGACUACACCUACUACUUUGUCCCUGCCCCCUGGCUGUCAGUAAAGCUACUCAGGCUGCUGCAAGUCUACCCACCACCAGAGGACCCAGCGGCACGUGGUCGGCUGAACGAGUGUCUGGAGACCAUCCUGAACAAGGCCCAGGAACCUCCCAAGUCUAAGAAGGUGCAGCACUCCAACGCUAAGAACGCUGUGCUGUUUGAGGCCAUCAACCUUAUUAUUCACCAUGACACAGAACCCACCCUGUUGGUGCGUGCGUGUAACCAGCUGGGCCAGUUCUUGCAGCACAGAGAGACUAACCUGCGGUACCUGGCCCUGGAGAGCAUGUGUCUGCUGGCCUCCUCCGAGUUCUCACACGAGGCAGUCAAGAAACACAUGGACACGGUCAUCACCGCACUCAAGACUGAGCGUGACGUGAGCGUACGACAGCGAGCUGUAGAUCUGCUGUACGGGAUGUGUGACAAGUCCAACGCUGAGGAGAUCGUGGCCGAGAUGCUGGCCUACCUGGAGACGGCCGACUACUCCAUCAGAGAGGAAAUGGUGUUGAAGGUGGCCAUCUUGGCAGAAAAGUACCCCGUUGACUACACCUGGUACGUGGACACCAUCCUGAACCUGAUCCGAAUUGCUGGAGACUACGUCAGUGACGAGGUGUGGUUCCGUGUCAUCCAGAUUGUCAUCAACAGGGACGAUGUGCAAGGGUAUGCUGCAAAGGUCGUGUUUGAGGCACUCCAAGCGCCAGCCUGCCAUGAGAACAUGGUGAAAGUAGGAGGAUAUAUCCUCGGGGAGUUCGGCAAUCUCAUCGCAGGAGACCAGAGAUCCAGCCCGAUGGUCCAGUUCCAGCUGCUGCACUCCAAGUACCACCUGUGCAGCGCCCCGACCAGGGGACUUCUCCUCUCCACAUACAUCAAGUUCAUCAACCUGUUCCCAGAGAUCAAGGGCCAGCUCCAGGACGUGUUGCGGAAUAACAACAACCUGCGAAAUGCGGACGCAGAGCUGCAGCAGAGAGCAAUCGAGUACCUACAGCUCAGUACGGUAGCCAGUCAGGACGUCCUGGCGACAGUUCUAGAAGAAAUGCCCCCCUUCCCUGAGAGAGAGUCGUCCAUCCUGGCCAAGCUGAAGAAGAAGAAGCCCAACGUCUCAGACAUCGAGGUGGUGAAGGAGGGCAAGAAGUCAUCCAACCCCCCCACCCUCAACAACAGCGCAGCCAACACACCUGAGGCAACACCUGCAUCAGCACCUGUACCUGUCAUGGCGGCUGCACCUGCUCCUGUCCAGAGUGCCUCUGAUGACCUGCUUGGUCUGAGCGCCGGUCCGGCCGCCGCUGCGCCCAUUACCAACAACUUCGCAGCCCCGGCGUCGUUCGCGGCUCCGGCGGCGCCCGCGGGAGGUGGCGGACUGCUCGUGGACGUGUUCGACACGCCGCCUGCCCAGAACAACGUGAGCUCAGCGUUAGCGCCACAAGCCGAGGAGAACUUCUUUAAUGCGCCCGCCGGCGAAACUGCGCCCUCCGGUGACACCCCUGCUUCGGAGCUUGACGGAAGGUUUGCGAUUAAGAACAACGGUGUCCUGUUUGAGAAUGAACUCCUGCAGAUCGGGGUCAAAGCAGAGUACAAGGGCAACCUGGGACGCCUGGGCCUGUUCUAUGGAAACAAGACGUCGUACCCCUUCCAGUUCUUCACUCCCACCGUGUCUUGUCCAGGAGAGCUGGCCUCUGCGUUGAAUGUCCAGACCAAACCCCUCGACGUGAACACAGUGGAGGGAGGAGCGCAGGUCCAACAAAUCAUCAACGUGGAGUGUAUAUCAGACUUUGUGGACGCACCCGUCCUCAGCAUUAAGUUCAGUUACUCAGGCAGUAUGCAGCAGAUCAACCUGAUGCUGCCUGUCAUGUUGAACAAGUUCUUUGAACCCGUGGAGAUGGACGCCACCACUUUCUUCAACAGGUGGAAACAGCUCAACAGCCCUGGCCAGGAGGAGCAAAAGAUUUUCAAGGCUACGUUCCCAAUAGACUCGGAUACCUCCAGGACAAAGCUUCUUGGCUUUGGGUUUGGACUCCUGGACGGGGUAGAUCCGAACCCAGACAACUUUGUCGGAGCAGGAAUCAUCAAGGCACAGUCCUCACAGGUCGGCUGUCUGCUCAGACUAGAGCCCAACAUGCAAGCACAGAUGUACCGGUUAACUUUGCGAACCAGCAGCACGUCUGUCACCACAAGGCUGGCUGAUCUCCUUCUCAAGCUUUUCUGACCGCAAACCCUCCAGGUUCCUUAAAGAAACCUUCAAAACUCCUUAGGGGAAGACCACCAGGAAUGUCUUGGAGAAUUCCAAUGGCUAUAGCUUGAAGAUAUAAGCACUUCAAGAGUGGAGUGUUUUCAGCGAGGUAGAGUGAGGAAAGGAAAGGUUGUACAGUGGACAGAUUAUGCCAUAUCAAAAGGAGAGGUAGUUUAAAGAAUUUGAAAUUUCCAUUCAAGGAAAAAAUUUGUUUAAGAGAGAGAGAGAGAUAGUGAUCACAGUCACCUUAAAUCAGUAGUCUUGUGAAUAUAUGCCAGUGUGUGUUCGUGACAGUCUAAAGUGAUGGCCCUCUUUGUUUCCUUGACUUUUGCUAUGCAAAUUAGGCCAUGCUGCCCCAUAAUACCAGUAUUUCUAUCAGUUCUAAGGCCACACCAAUUUAAUUUGUUGGUUCUCGGAUUCGCCUCUUCGUUUUUUUCUGAUUUUACAAAAAAAAAAAUUGAUUCUGGUCCUGAAUCAACUGAAAAAUGCUCAUGUUUUGCCCCCCCAACAGUUGAGGAAAGUCCUUUUCUUCCUAGUUGUUACAGUUUUCCCAUCUAUCAAUGCAGUGGUUUGAUUAAAAGUUCAAAAUUCAAUGUUUAGAUUUUAACCCAGCCUUUUGUGUUGACUUCAUGGCUCAUUUUGUAGCAUUUAAGCCUAUAAUAGGAUGCCUAGACCUGUUUUUAUUUUUAUUUUUUUUCGCCCUGUCGCUUCAUAUUUUUUCUGAAAAAAUCCGAGAACCAACAAAUUAAAUUGGUGUGGCCUAAGCAUGUGUCAACGCAACCUUUUAUGCAUUUGUGUUUUUCCACCAAUGUACUUGUCUGUAAUGUGAAGUUCAACAAGGGAGAAGGUUGUCACGUGGAAAAAUCUUUUACAAAGCUUCAGAGGUGUCCAAAAAGCCAGAGGGUUUUGAUGAUUCCAUUGGAAACCUCUGUGAAAAGUACUUUCAAGUGAUUGUAUAACUGUGGCAAUUCUAGAAGCCAAAAUAGGCUUUAGAAUUUGUAUGUAUAGUUUAGCGAUGUAACAAAGAAAGAAGUGAUGUCUGUAUCUCUUAGAACUUCUCAGCUUACAGCUGGCUACAAAAAAUAUGUCUUUAAAGAAAAAGACAAGCACUUGUUAAAUGGUAUGAACAUAGCCCAGCACCGAGUAGUAGACAAUGUGAAAAGAGACUCCUGUAGAUGAGGAGGAUCAAUUGCUGAUAGAGAAAAUUGUGACUUGUGCCCAGGAAAUAGUGGUUUUGGGGAGGCAGCAGGGAAAUUUGUACACAAAUAAUUCAAAUACACGACAAUUAUUCACAUAGUACGUACAUACAUAUUAUGUAUAAGGUUGUGAGAAAUUCUGGCCAACAAAUUACAGUGCAUGUACUUGGCGACAUGUAUGAGCUUUGAAAUCAUCAUAGGCAAAACAGUAAGAGCCAAACUUGGUAGCAGUUAGUUUAAUUAUACAUUGCGUAUGACAGUAUUCUUUACUGAAAAAAGACAUGAUGAACUUAAUCAUUUGGUUACUAUGUCAUCAAGUACUAUAAGUAUAAUUUUACAUAACAUACAAUGAUUCUGUAGCUAUUGUGUAUAUUAUAUACUAAAAAAAUAAUUAAUUAUUACUAGACUAUCAGGUUGUGAAUUGCAAUGAUAAAAAGAGCAGCUAUUUGCAGCAUAUUUGACCCCAGAAAAAACUAAGUUUUAAAGAGCUACUGAUUGUUUUUCUGUUGUACGCUUCUGCCAAUAUAAACUGUAGUAUUCACAUGUGUAAUACUAAUAGCGAUCA